CCAGCUCCGAGCCUCUCCGAGCCACUUCUGUCUCCGAGAACCUCCUCCGUUCGUGGGAAAGAUGCCCUCAGAUCUCAUCACGUGAUUUAACAAAUGCCUUUUACGGCUCGAUCCCGUCGUCGGGCGCUGGGCCGACAAGGUUCGGCUUUGCUUGGCUGCUUGUCGCGCCUACUGUUCUUCAGGGCUCGAUGUCGGUCUCUGUGCAUAAUUUGCCGGCUAUGGAAACAUAUAAAAGCACGGCGAGUCUGCGCUGCCUGCUCUUCUUUCAGUCAUAUCUGCCGCGCGGGCAGGCAGCCUUGUUAACCCCCUUCCAUACCCUCCGCUUCUUCUUCCCCCACGACUUCCUAUCCUCCAUUUACGAUGACCGAAUCCUCGAGUCGCGCGUCGAGCACCGUCGCUCACGACGCGGCGCUGGAUCACCCCCACACGGAGAGCUCUAACGACAUCUUGGACCCCGCCAAGGUCCACCACGACCCAAACCGCCCCGAUCUCUCAUUUCCAUUUCAGACGACAAACAUCGAGGAAGGUGGCUUCACCGAGGAGUAUCGUAUCGUCACCAAGGCGGGAUACAUCCCCGGUGACCUCGCACUUAGACCAAUUCCAUCGCAUCAUUCCGAAAAGCCGGCUGCACUACGGGACCCUGAGAAGACGCGGGCACUCAGCGACAAGAAGCUGGUGACAUUUAUCCCCGAUGAUCCUGAGGACCCACGUAACAAACCCAACUGGUUCAAGUGGUACAUCACCGCCGUCUGUGCUUUCUCCGUCGUCGAAGUCGCGUUUGCGUCUGCGGUUGUAACAGGUGACUUUGAUGGUCUAAUGGAGGAGUUCCAUAAGGGCGACGUCGUGGUGGCCCUCAGUGUGACGCUGAUGGUGUGCGGCUUCGGUAUCGGACCGCUAUUCUGGUCGCCAUUGAGCGAACUCUUGGGUCGUCGACUACUAUGGGUGAUACCAUCCCUCAUAUACGUCAUCUUCAUCAUCCCCUGCGCCGUCGCCAAGAAUAUCCAGACGCUGCUCAUCUGCCGAUUCUUCUGCGGCAUCUUCGCGUCUGCACCCCUCACUCUCGCUGGCGGCACUAUAUCUGAUGUUUGGGACAACGAAGAACGUGGCUUCGCCAUCGCCCUUUUCGCCGCUGCGCCAUACGGCGGACCCGUGCUUGGCCCUAUCGUUGGCGGCUUUGUUGGCGAGACUCUCGGCUGGCGGUGGAUCUUCUGGGUGCAGAUGAUAUUUGCCGGCUUCAUGGCGAUCCUUAAAUGCACCCUCCCUGAGACAUACGCUCCGGUCAUCCUCAAGCGGCGUGCCGCGAGGCUAAGAAAAGAGACAGGCGACGGGAACUUUGCUACCGAGCAGGAGCUGUUCAUGGUCCCCUUGUCGCGGAUGCUCGUCGACACGCUCGUCCGUCCCUUCGUUAUGCUCGCCACCGAGCCCAUCCUGCUCUUGCUGUCGCUUUAUAUUGCUCUUAUCUACGGGUUGCUGUACGCAUUCUUCUUCAGUUACCCAGUAGUCUUCGGCGAAGACUAUGGCUGGAACGACGGCCUCGUCGGCCUGACGUUCAUCUCCGUCUGGAUUGGCCUUGCGGGCGCGCUCAUCGUUACGCCUCAGCUCGAGAAGAACUACCGCGCACGGAUGAUCGCGAAGGGCGGCAAGGCCGACCCCGAGGACCGCCUGGUGGGCAUGAUGCUCGGCUCGGUGUGGGUGCCGAUCUCGCUCUUCAUCUUCGGCUGGACCUCGCCGCCGUUCGUGCAGCCCGGUGGCGGGAGCUGGGUCGGGCCUGUCGCGUCGGGCAUCCCGUUCGGCUUCGGCAUGGUCACGAUCUACUUCGGCGCGAACGCGUACAUCAUCGACGCCUUCCCGGGCUACGUCGCGAGCGCGCUCGCGGCCAAGACCGUCAUCCGCUCCGGCUCGGGCGCCGCGAUGCCGCUGUUCAUCACCGCGAUGUAUCACAACCUCGGUAAUGGCUGGGCCGCGAGCACCUGGGCGUUCAUCUCGCUCGGCAUGAUCCCCAUCCCGUUCCUCUUCUACCGCUACGGCAAGUACAUCCGUUCCAAGUCAAGACGUGCCGCCGCAUAGAGCAUAGACGUCUUUACGUUUUCCCUGGGACUGUUUUCGUUUGAUUUUUUUUCUUCCAUCGUACACCAAUCACAUACCCUAUCCCCCAAUGCACGCACUCUUGACGAGCUCACGAAAAAAGAUCGUACCACUCGUCUUUUACCUCGAUAGAAUACUACUGGACGUGUUAUUGUUAUUAUGCUAUGUUGCAUUGUUGUUAUCGAUCGUCGUUCAUACGCAUGUCCGCCUGUUCUGUGUUACGCUUGAUAGAAAAGCCAACGGCUUACCUCG